UUUUGGGCGGAGCAGAUGCGCUUGGCCGCAAAGUAGACCUCGCAGCAGCCACGGGAGACUGGCCGUAAAGGUAGGUUACAACUCAGCUGCAAGGACCUUGACCGCCGGGCUGGGGCAGAUUCCUGGAGGUCCUUAAGAGUUGGGGGGAUGGCGGAGGGCGCCGGGACUGGGUUCGCGCUCUCCCCAGGCGGCUUGGGCCAGAUGCUUGGGUCCUCUGGGCUCCUCCCCUAGGGGCGGGGUUAGGCGUCCGGGCAAAUGAACGAUCGCCCCUUGAGCCCCGCCCCCGGAGCCGCGGCCUCGCCGUGUACCCAACCGCCCCGCGCCCAGGCCUGGGGCAGCGCGAGCGCUGAACCUUCGGCUGGACACCAAGAUGCCUGGCGAACAGCAGGCAGAGGAGGAGGAGGAGGAAGAGAUGCAGGAGGAGAUGGUGCUGCUGGUGAAGGGUGAGGAGGAGGAGGGUGAGGAGAAGUAUGAGGUGGUGAAACUCAAGAUCCCUAUGGACAACAAGGAGGUCCCCACCGAGAUGCCAGCUCAGUCGGCCGACCCGGCGCGCCCCCACGCGUGUCCGGACUGCGGCCGUGCCUUUGCACGCCGCUCCACGCUGGCCAAACACGCACGCACGCACACGGGCGAGCGGCCCUUCGCGUGCACCGAGUGCGGCCGGUGCUUCUCGCAGAAGUCAGCGCUGACAAAACACGGCCGCACACACACAGGCGAGCGGCCCUACCAGUGCCCCGAGUGUGACAAGCGUUUCUCCGCCGCCUCGAACCUGCGGCAGCACCGACGGCGUCACACUGGUGAGAAGCCGUACGCAUGCGCACACUGCGGCCGGCGCUUCGCGCAAAGCUCUAAUUACGCACAACAUCUGCGCGUGCACACAGGCGAGAAGCCGUACGCGUGCCCGGACUGCGGACGAGCCUUCGGCGGAAGUUCGUGCCUGGCGCGCCACCGACGCACGCACACGGGCGAGCGGCCGUACGCAUGCUCCGACUGCGGCACGCGCUUCGCACAGAGCUCGGCGUUGGCCAAGCACCGGCGCGUGCACACGGGCGAGAAGCCGCACCGCUGCGCUGUGUGCGGCCGGCGCUUCGGCCACCGCUCUAAUCUGGCGGAGCAUGCGCGUACGCACACAGGCGAGCGGCCCUACCCGUGCGCGGAGUGCGGCCGCCGCUUCCGCCUCAGCUCGCAUUUCAUCCGCCACCGUCGCGCGCACAUGCGGCGCCGCCUCUACAUCUGUGUCGGCUGUGGCCGGGACUUCAAGCUGCCCGCAAGUGCCACAGCCGCCACCCCCACCGAGCGCUGCCCGGAGUGCGAGGGCAGCUGAACCCCGUGGGGCUGGGAGCAUCCGGCCGGGGAGGGGUAGGUUGGGACUCCGACCCGGCUGUAUCAGCCUGGAUGGCUCCUUCCUCGCUCCUGCACUCGGGUCUGGGAAAGGGUGGGAAGUCAUGCCUGGCUGCUCUGGGACUGGGAGACGAGUACUCUACUCCCCCCACUACAUUCCCCUGGCCCGUGCUAGUGAAUAAAGUAUUAAUAUCCUCA